UUGUGUGCAAGUAAACUAAAAGAAAAAUCAAUUUUGUUAAAACAAAAAUAAUUAUGUUAAUUUGCUGGUUCUUCAACAACGAUCAUCACUAAACUCUGGAAUUUCGAAAUACUGGUUCGAUGCUCCAAACCCCUCUGCCCUGCUGCAUCUUCUGAAAAUGGGCGACAAAAGAAAAAAGCACCGUCAUCAACACGAUACAACCUCUCCUUCUUCAUCCUCUCCCUCCACCGACUCCGAUUCAGACUCCGACCGCUCUUCCAAGCGCCGCCGUCGCCACCGCCGUGAAAAAGAGCGACGCAGAAGGAGCGAUGGAAGCUCCAAACGCGAAAGGGAGAGUAAGAGAAAGGAAAAGAGAAAAAAGAGAGACAGAGAGAGGAGAAAGUCCAAACGGCAUCACUAUUCCGAUGACGAAUCCCAAUCUUCUUCCGACGAGGAAUUUCCACCCAGGAUUCAGCCCCAAAUAGCACUCCGUGAAAUGAUGACCGAGUUUCCCAACGUUGGCAACGAUUUGAAGCAGUUAUUGCAAAUGAUUGAUAACGGGCAAGCUGUGGAUAUAAAGGAUAUAUCAGAAAAGUCUCUAGUGAAGCAUUUGAAGAAUCUCUUCCUUUCCUUAAAUCUAAAGGAAAAUGGGGAUAGAGUUUUUUUACUGCCUUCUAAAGCUCCCCCUACUUUAGAUGUUGUUGGCCCUCUGAUUCAAUCUUUUAUGCAUCCCGCGAAUGAUCGAGAUGAUCCUUCAGCUGCAUUGCCUGAAACAUGUUUGGCUCCGACAGAACAGAUGGAAGACGACUGUACAACUAAACCUCCUGAGGAUCAUUCUGUUGGUCCUAAAAAAAGAGUUAUUGGCCCUGCAAUGCCAUCUGCUGAAUUACUUGCUGCUGCUGCCAAAUUAACAGAGGCACAGACCGCGUUCAUAGAAGCUGAAUUAGAUGACGAUACUGAACUCUUUGUGGGACCUCCACCUCCUGCUAUGGUUUCUGAAGCAGAAUCAGCUAAUGAGGCAGAACGUUUUGAGGAGGUUACCAGGAUAAUGGACGUUGAGAUUGACAGCCCAUACGAUGUUCUAGGAGUUAACCAUAAUAUGUCUGAUGGUAACAUAAAGAAAAAGUACUGGAAGAUAUCACUAUUAGUUCAUCCAGAUAAAUGUUCUCACCCACAAGCCAAUCAAGCAUUUAUCAAACUAAAUAAGGCUUUCAAAGAGUUACAAGAUCCCGAAAAGCGGAAAGCAAUGGAUGAUAAAAUCAAACUCAAGCAAGAACAGGAGGACUUCAAGGCUGAGCUUAAAGUCAUGCGAGAGACUGCACUGUGGAGAAGAUCCCAAGGAAUAUCAAUGGAAGGUGAUGACGAGCUUCUGGCACAGACGGAGGUUAAAGUGGAACCCAAAAGAGAUGAAUGGAUGACAACACUGCCACCGGAGAGAAAGCCUGGUGGUGUGACUAUGCAAUCAACCCAAUUUAGCCGGGAGACAAAGCAAGGUAGAGGAGACACUAGUAUUUGGACAGACACGCCUACUGACAGAGCUCAGAAAGCAAAGAUGAAUUAUUUAGAAGCAUACAAUCAGGCCACUGCAUUAGCCUCAAACGAAGAAGAAAAGAAAAGGGCUAAUACAGAUGCAGAUUUGGUGGACAAAUACAACAAAGCAAAAAGAUCAAAAACAUUGGUGCAAAAACAUCAAGAAGAGGUUGCUAGCAAAUCCAAGAAAAAAUCCAAGCAACAGAAGGAGAAGGGAGAGAAAGAAUGGGUGGGUCAACAUCCAUGGAAGCCAUGGGAUCGUGAAAAUGAUCUAGCAGCUGGGAGGAUGAAAGUAAAACUUGAUGCUGAAGGCAUGUCUGAGGGGUUAUCUUCAAGGUUUAAUUCUGGAAACUUUCAAAGGAACUUCCUUUGAUUUGUUCAAGAGCGAGUUUGCAUGUCCUCUGUCAACCACUUUUGCCUUGUCAAAGAUAUGUCCAUUGAGCUUUUUAGAGAAAUAGAAUAAUUCAUUUUCCAUAUUUUUCAUUUCUCAGUCACCAUGUAUAUUAUUUUUUCAUAAUUUAUACUGUUGUAAGUCUUUGAAGCACGUUUUUGUGUAGUAUUUGUUUUUGGUGCA